AUCUCAGACUCAGUUCUUGUUUUGUUGUAGAGAAGAUGAUGACAACCUCUUCGUCGUGAAACACUUUGACCAAGAAACCUACACGAAAACAUAAAUCAUCCUUGAACUUUGCAAUUUUUUAUUUUUUGUAUCAUUAAACCAGCAUGUUCAAGUUUAAGGAAAUUCUCAGAGUCAUAAUUUCCGCCCUCAUAUUGUUAGUCUGCAGUGGUGUGACCCCUUUAAUUAGAGCGGAUGAGAAAAGGUUUCCUCUGGAAAGGACGCAGUGCACGAGCAGAAAUGACAUUCCUGUAAUUAAGGUCACCUCCGUGACUACGACCGUCCCUUUGGAGGAUCCUUCCUCAAAUCACGUCAUCUUCAGCAGUUUCAGCAUGGCACGAAGGCGUCUGCUGAAGGAAGUUCGUCCCGUGAAGAACGUUACGGAGGAAAAGACCGAGGUUUGUCUGGGCGAGGGGGGUGCAAGGGAGUGGUCAGUUCCCGUGUCCAAUAGGUCUGAAUUCAUUACAGAAGUCAUCAUCGAGUGCUAUGACCAAGGACUUGGUCCUGUAGAGUUUGAAUACAACGGUAUAGGUGACUUUCAAGUUGGAGACCACGAUGAAAUGAUAAACGCUUCCAAUAACGCAACCUUCAAGCAUCUGUACAUGCCAACUGGCUAUAAACUAGUGUUUAGAAAUAUUUCCGAUCAAAUCAGUGGAAACUACAGUUGCCGAAGUAUAGAUGACCCAACCAAAGUCAAUUUCUUUCACCUCUUUGUUCCAAUGGGGGGAAAGCCGUAUCUCAUUCAAAGGGGCAAAACGAUAAAUGUCACGCAAGAGCCCGGAUCCUCUCUUGUCACUCUGCCAUGCAUUGCAAACAAUCCGAAGGCCAAGGUGUUUCUCUUCAAAAAGUUUAUAAUUGCGAGAAUGGGCAUCGUAAUUGUAAAGUAUCAACACCAGCCAUUCCACAUUUAUGACCCCAAAAGUGGUUUCGUUAUCAAUACAAGCGACGUUGGGGUGGACCCGUAUGGAACAUACGUCUGCACAAGUAAUCCCGACAUUAGGAAUGGAGAAGAUAGGAUUCGAAUCAAUUUAAUGCCCCCACUUGGAAUGGCAAGAAAGAGCGACUAUCACCCACCAUCAAUUUUCAGCAUUGGCUCCCAGUUCAUGAGAGAUUCGUACCGACGGUUGCAAAAUAUUGUAAACUCAUUUUUUAUUUGAAGUGGAAUCUUGACCGAAAACUGUUAUCUUAUUGGAGACACGUUCUAAUUAUAAGUGAUGCCUGUAAUUGUUUAUUAUGCAUAGUACAGAAUAUUUAUUUUUAUAUUUGCUUAUCACGUCAUAAGCGUUGUUUUUGGUGGGUUAUGUAAUAAUUAUUUGUCUAUGUGUAGUAAAAACACACAUUCAUUGCAAAAUAUG